CCGCAUCAUGGAGAGCAACUGCUCAGUGCACUCUUCGCUCGAGCAGCUGAGCAGAUAUCAGCGAAGCUGGGCCGGGACCGUGAACUUUGAGGACGCGUGACGAAUGCAUAUGGCGUACCUGCCAAUGUUCGGUGAAGGCUCGUGGGUACCGCGCAAUAGGGUAAUUGCAAGGGGGGGUGAAGGAAGCAAGAUGCACCCGGGGUUGCUUCUAUGACGGCGAACGGACGUACACGAGGCGAAGCAGUCGCAAGCUCGUGCAAUAAGUGGCUACGAAGUAGCGAUCAGUCGUAUGGUGCCGGCAUCCCAUGGACCCACCCAUGUCCUAUCGGAUCCUGUGCGCACAGACGUCGCCGCUUGGGGACACAAACGCGCUGCUAUAUUCGCGGACUUCUUAGUGCUACUCUCAUUUCAUCUCAGGAUGUGCAUCUUCCUUGCCGACAAUCGCGUCUCACCAAUCCAUGACCAAUCGAGAUUCCCUGUUGUUACACGAUAUGCAGGACAAACUUCAAGGCAAACGCAUCGUCAUCGUCGGUGGUACCAGUGGUAUCGGGUUGGCAGUCGCCAAGGCCGCUUUGUAUGCUGGGGCCUCCGUGAUAGUCUCCUCUUCGAAUAAGGGAAGGGUCGCCGCGGCCGCGAAGAAACUUUCGGACCUCGGCACUGGUCAGUCUGUGGAAGGUCGCGUAUACGACGCCAGGGCCGGCGAAAGCGCCAGCAAGGAGUUCUUCGAAGCGUUGCCCGAGUUCGACCAUUUGGUCUGGACGGCGGGAGACAACCUCCCGCUAGGCUAUCCUGAUCAGGAUUUGGCCAACAUUCAUGAUGUAUUCGCAACGCGGACCACGGGUCCCAUUUACGCCGGGAAGUACGCUACCCCGCGUAUGCCCAAGAACUCAGACUCCUCCAUCACAUUCACGAUCGGCUUGGCCACCCGAAAGCCGCCGAAGGGAUGGGCGCUAGUAACCGCCGUUGGUGGCGCCACCGAGCGUUUCACGAAGGGACUGGCGGUUGAGAUCGCGCCGAUCAGAGUUAACGUCGUCAGCCCGGGCUUGGUCAUCACGGAGCUCUUGAACCAGCUGCCGGCGGAGGAGCUCAAGGCUCUGGUUGACCGCGAGACAGCGGUGCUUCCGGUGAAGCACGUUGCCGAUGCUGAUGAGGUGGUUGACGCUUAUCUGUACUUGCUGAGGUGUUCGUAUGUCACAGGGGAAACUCUUCACGUCGACGGUGGGGCCAUUCUGGUAUGA